CAUAAAGUGCCAGGAGUUCAUCUCCCUGGAGAAGAUAGUGUCGGAGACCCUGCUAAACAAACAAUAUGGCCCAAGGAUCAGGCUCCAAACAACAUCAGGCCAAAAAGAAGAUUUCCCUGAUAUUUUCUGAUUUUUAAUAUGGUCAACACUGGAAAUCUAAAAGCAAAUUUAACAGAGCUGAAUUAUAGUGUGAACGUGGCCUCAAGAUACCAGAGAAGAAGGCGCUGGAACACUAUACUGUUGUUUAAGUUACAGUUCAACCAAAGUAGCGAAAUUACAGCAGUCCUCCAUGCCGUAUAGGGGAUAGAUCUGUGGUUGGCCACGUACUAACACCUCACCGUCACCAAAUGUUUCCAUAGCACGAAAUGUUUCAGCAGUCGAACAGAUAAUGAAACCAUUUGAGUUUCCGUCCCGGAGCUGAUCGAGGCGGCCAAUCAGCGGUGAACAGGCAUCCCGACGCGCUGGUGUGGAGCGGAGGGGACAGCCUGCAGGGAGCCCUUCCUGCCGGUCACUUUCACCGUCCGACCGGCUCCGGACAGGACCUGCCAACUUUCACCCAGAGGUUAGCUUCUUCUUCAGCAGCAUAAUUCGCCCCUGUGCAACUUUUCCCGAGACCGCCAGGCCUUGCUGAAACAUUUGGCCGAUCGGCGCUGACGAGCUCCGCGGAUCGGAACCCCGGAGAAGACGCGGAAAGUGGUGCGAGUGGAGCACAAACACAAUCAGAACAACUCCAAAGCAGCGGCAACACCAGCAGGAAUAAAACUAAUGAGCUGCCUGUGGAUACUGUCAGCCAGUAGCGAACGGUGAACCUCGACGAGGAAGAGGAAAAUCGAGCGCCACUCAUGUUUUCAUCAAGUCAGGAAGAUCACAGCGCGCCCACCAAGGAUCCUGUGAAGUACGGAGAACUCAUCGUCCUGGGGUACAACGGUUCUCUUCCAAAUGGAGACAGGGGUCGCAGGAAAAGCAGAUUUGCACUUUUUAAACGAUCAAGAGCUAAUGGAGUCAAGCCCAGUACAGUGCAUGUUAUUUCCACUCCCCAGGCUUCUAAGGUAAUCAAUUGUAAAGGGCAACAUAGCAUCUCAUAUACAUUAUCCAGAAACCAAACUGUGGUGGUAGAAUAUACCCAUGACAAAGAUAUGGACAUGUUUCAGAUUGGAAGGUCUACAGAGAAUCCCAUUGACUUCGUGGUGACAGACACUGUUUCUGGCUGCCAGAGUAAUGAUGAGACACAAAUCACUCAGAGCACCAUCUCCAGAUUUGCGUGUAGAAUAGUUUGUGAUAGAAAUGCACCAUUUACUGCUAGGAUUUAUGCUGCCGGAUUUGAUUCAUCAAAAAACAUAUUUCUUGGUGAGAAAGCUGCAAAAUGGAAAAAUCCUGAUGGCCAUAUGGAUGGGUUAACAACCAAUGGAGUAUUAGUAAUGCAUCCUAGGGGAGGAUUUACAGAAGAAUCUAGCCCUGGAAUAUGGCGGGAAAUUUCUGUUUGUGGGGAUGUCUAUACGCUAAGGGAAACAAGAUCUGCACAGCAAAGAGGAAAAUUGGUGGAGACUGAAACCAAUAUUCUUCAGGAUGGUUCACUUGUUGAUCUUUGUGGAGCAACACUUCUGUGGAGAACAGCUGAUGGCCUGUUCCAUACUCCUACCCAAAAACACAUUGAGGCUCUUCGACAGGAGAUAAAUGCCGCUAGACCUCAGUGCCCAGUUGGUCUUAACACCUUAGCAUUUCCCAGCAUUAAUCGUAAGGACAUUGUGGAAGAGAAACAGCCUUGGGCUUAUCUCAGCUGUGGACAUGUCCAUGGUUACCACAACUGGGGACAUCGCAGUGAUACAGAAGCCAAUGAGCGGGAAUGUCCCAUGUGCAGAACUGUGGGUCCUUACGUACCCCUUUGGCUAGGUUGUGAAGCAGGAUUUUAUGUGGAUGCUGGUCCUCCGACACAUACAUUUAGCCCGUGUGGACAUGUGUGCUCUGAAAAAACAGCAAAAUAUUGGUCAGAAAUUCCAUUGCCACAUGGUACUCAUGCAUUCCAUGCAGCAUGCCCUUUCUGUGCUAUUCAACUGAAUGGAGAACAAGGCAUCAUUAAACUAAUUUUCCAGGGACCAAUUGACUGAUGAACAAUUGAAAGAGGACAAGCAGGACAUUUUGGAAAAUACUGUGAAAAUAAUCCAUUGUGGCUGUAUCUCCACUGUACCCUGGUUUGGGGGAGUAAUGGGAGGGCAGUGAUCAAUUUGGUGGAGAAAUAAAAGUUUCAGCAUUGCAGAUAGUGAUUAAUAAUUGUUUUUUUGGGUGCAGGUUUUAGGGGUGUCAUUCAGAAAAGCCACAACUAAAGAGAAAAGUUAUCCUAUUGUUCUAACCUAUUUUGCUACAAUUUGACCUUUGUAUAGUUUUAUAAGUUAUAUGGUUUUAAUAUAUUGCAUUAUAUGCUUGAAUGGCCUGUCAAAAUAAAGCUGUAAAUCAUUUUAUGGCUAUUGUGUAACCUUAGCAGUAAAGUAUUAUUUCAAAAUGUUUUCUUUCAGUAGGAAUGUUUAGUAAUGACCUGCGCAGUCACUGUAAUUUGGUUUAAAUUCUCAGGUGUAUAAGUAAAUAUUGAGAAGCUGAAUAGUGCACAGAGAUUAAUGGCAAGGUGGAUUUGUGUUUUCUAUCAAUUAGAGUACUCUUUACAAGCUUUAAAAAAUCUUUUAGAAAACUAUUGUUGAAAUUCUUUGCAAUAUUAUGCUAUGAAAUUACUCUCAGUUUUGAAUGAAGGGAUCAGCUGUGAAGUCUUACCCCAUUUAAAGUUACACAGGGAAAUAUUGUGACAAUUUAACUGAAACAAUUAAGAAUUUUUUUACCAGUUACCUUUUACAAUUUGUAGUAAUAUCUUUAACGUGACAUCAAAUACUAUUUAUAGCAGUAAUAAUUGCUGGUGUUCAAGUUACUUAAAUUGCCCAUCUUCUAUUUUAUAUCCAUUUUAAAUACAGCAAACUACAAAUACCUGCAUAAGUAUCUGUAUCGAUGACAGAAUUUUUAAUGAAUAAUACAAUUGAGCAGCAUGGUUAUGAACAGAAUUUGAGUUGCAAGCAUACCUUGAUGGUAGGUUAUAAUAUUCCAAAAUCUUUCCAACUUCUGUAAAGCAAAGGUUAUCCCAAAUUUAAAAUAGUACAACAGCUGAAUCACAAUUAAAUUAUUUAUUUAUAAUGCAAAUGUAGCAUUUUAAGCCACUCAUUGAAAUGUUUGCUAAUAUUUCUCCAGGGUUAUUUUGUAAUUCUUGUGGGGAAAGCACAUAGUUUAGUAUGUAUGAAAGUUGAGAUGUAACUUGGUAAAUAUUACAUUUACCAUAGUAAAUAGCGAAGGUCAUUGAUUCAGGUUUCAAAUACAGGCAUUUACUUCUUCUUUGACUAUUUACUUUGAUGUGUUUUUGAUAGAUCUAUACAAGGAUACUAUUCAAAAUAUGCUUUUAAAGCAAAACUAAACAAAAAUCUCUCAUGAAAGAAUGGAAAGCUAUCUUGAUUUACAGUACUGUGCAAUAGUUUUAAGCACCCUAGAUUUUUUAUGUGGCUUCAGAUGGCAUGGCCUCCUCAGAGCCCUGAUCUCAAUAUCAUCGAGGAUUAUCUGGAAAAACAGAAGCAAGCGAGGCAGUCAAAGUCUGUAGAAGAACUGCGGCAAGUUUUCCAAAUGCUUGGAACAUCCUACCAGCCAAUUUUCUUAUAAAACUGCAGGACAGUGUACCUAAGAGAAUUGAUGCAGUUUUGAGGCAAAGGAUGGUCACACCAAAUAUUGAUUUGAUUUAGGUUUUUACUUUUUACUGCUCUUUAUAGAAAUUUUUUGGUAUUUAGAAACUUUUCAUUAUUUUUUUACAUGUGCCUAAGAUGUUGCACAGUACUGUAUAAAACUUAGUUUUGGUCUGUAUUAUGCUUGCGAUACUUCCUAGUGGUUAAGAAACAAAUUUGCAUAUCUGGCCAUUAUGGAUUUCUUGUUGAUACAAACUGAUAUAAUUUUUUAGUUUGCUUACUAUGUACAGAAUAAUUUGGAGACUUAAGUAUUAACAUGUCCUUCUAAAUGUGGCAUUAUUAUUGCCAUUUUCCUAAUCUUAGUUUGGACUAAAGGUCAAGUAACAAGAUUUUACCCUUUAAGAACUUGUGCUUUAAUCUGCAAUUACCAUCGGUACUUUCCACUAACAGUGGAAAAUACAUUCAUGGAAAAUCAGUAAAGAUUAAUCUAUUCACUCUCCCAAUUUAUAACAUUGCUGAUUGUAUAUAAUUUAACUGUUACAACAUGUUAAAUAGAAGUACACAAGGGAUUAUUGAGCUUGACCUUUAUUUAAUUACACUAAGCAUAUAGAAAGAUUAACCCCUGAAUGUCUAGGUAUUAUAGUGAAAUAUUGAGCACUCAGCAAUACCAUUAUAAAUCUUGCAGAGGAAGUAUUACAAAAUAAUCGAUUCUUGCAAAAUUGUUGAAAAAGUUCACAUAGAAUUUGUCAGUGUUCAACAUAAAUGUUAACCUUGCCACAUGAACUGCAACAAAUCCUACUUGUAAGAACAAUACAAAUUUAAAAAUUGCAAUUGUCAGUGUCUUUACUAUGGGUUCACCUUCUGAUUUGUUUACUAUGAAUUAAGUUUCACCAGACUGAUUCUUGAUUCUUGUCACCUUUUGAUUAUUUUUAUCAAUUGUCACAUCAAUGUUAAUUUAUCAAGAGCUUUCUGAUUAAAAUUUCAGGAUAUUGCUUCUUAAAGUAUCCACCAUGGAAAAUUCCCUAGUUAAAAUAUAAAUAAGUAAAAUUCUUGCUGGUGCCUCAGUUGCUAACUGAUUUGUUGUGAUGUAUCACAUGCUAAUAAAAGCAUUUUCU